AGGCUUAGGAAACAGGCAUGCAGACAGCCGACCACUGCAAAGUGUUGAGCGCGGGACAGACUGGCUUCAGCCCACACCACUCUUCCUCUGUCCAAGAGAAGACCCCAAAACCUCUGCCGUGAGCCGCUCACACUCAUCCCAACCAAUAAUGUGAAAAUCAGACGGAAACGUUUGUCAGAUGUUUAAACUAAUCGUCGCUUCAUUGUACUUGAGUGCCGUCUAUUUUCAACACUGUCACACAGUUUGCAGUCAGGCUACAGUAGGCUAUCCACACGGAUACCUAGUGUGAGAUGCGGCAAUGUCCCGAGGAAUAUGCCCACGCGUGAACUCUUGCGGAUGCUUUUGGAUUUUGUCAGCGGUCAUAUUUGCGGUGAAAGUGAUCGACGUGGACGCGUACAGCUGUCAUGAAGUGAGGACCGCUUUCCAGCUGCGGCAGGUCGGCCCGCUGCACCGCGUACCGGAGACACCUGGCACAGAUGUGGAUCUGUUGGUUUGUAAGCACCAGGGUCCAUCCUGCUGCACCCGGAAGAUGGAGGAGAGCUACCAGUUUGCAGUAAAAAGAGAAACCCUCCACAACAUUCAAUCCUACAGCUACGAGCUUGAGCACCUCAUCUCCGGCCACUCGGAUGCCUUCCAGGACAUGUUCCAGUAUCUUCUGUCCUUCUCUCAGGGCCACCUGAGUUCUCUGUUGGAGGGGACCUACUCAUCCCUGUCCCGCCAUGCCCUACCCCAUGUUAACCAACUCUUCUCCUCACUUUCCCUCUACCUCCGUGGGGCCAACGUCUCAGUGGAGGCGUCAGUUCACCACUUUUUUAACAACCUCUUCCCACUCGUCUACACACGACUCAUCAAUCCAGGCAUUGAAGGCAGCAUGAUGAUGGGCAGUGAAAUGGGCGACUGUCUCCGUAUGAUCAGGCAGGAUGUCAACCCUUUCGGGCCUCAUCCAGCUGUCAUGGCCCAGGAGCUGGCUGGGGCAUUGGGAGCUGGGAGGCAACUGGGCCUGGCCCUAGAGGAGGGUCUGGAGGUGAUGAACGCCACAGAACACGUCACCAUGAGCAAAGAGUGUGUGAAAGGCCUGGUGAAGAUGGUGUACUGCUCCCACUGCAGAGGCUUGACGCUGAUCAAGCCCUGCGUGGGCUACUGUCUGAAUGUAAUGCGAGGCUGCCUGGCGAGCGUGUCAGAGCUGGAUCAGCCUUGGAGGCGGUAUACCAGCCUGUUGGAGCAACUAACCCAUGCCAUGGCUGGCCACCACAGUUUGGAACUAGCCCUGCUGGGGGUUAGGGGGCAUGUUAAUGAGGCCCUGCUCUACGCACAGCUCCACGGUCCACUCAUCACCGCCACGGUGGACAAGGUGUGUGGCCUGUCUACUGGUGAACCUACAAGCAUGCAGCCUACAAGCCCAGAGGUCACAACCUCUACCGUGACCUUGUCUUCUCUUCCUCCAUCUGCCACCCCCUCCAAACCUUUACCAGAGCAGUGGCUGGGCCAGUUAGCCCACUUGAGGAGCUCGUUCCCCCUGAAACCCUCCAAGAACAAUAAACAUAGUCUGAGAACACUCUCUAGGGAGUUUUUGAUGUACCUGCAGCGCUACAAGUCUUUCUUUGCAGCAUUGCCAGAGAUGCUGUGCGAAGGGGAGAAUGUAGUGGAUGACUCAACAUGCUGGAGCGGAGAUGACGUUGUUGAGAGUUAUACUGGCAGAGUUGUGGGAAAUGGCCUGCACGCUCAGAGGCAAAACCCAGAGGUCAAAGUUCGCAGCCCGAACCCCACACUGGCUGAGGUCAAGGAGAGGUUGGAGCGCUUCAACCAGGAGACCCAGGAGAGGUUUCCAAAACUGGGUCAGAUGGAGGCUUGGGAUGAGCUGGGCAGUGGCGAAAUAGAGGAGGGCAGCACCACAGACUGCGAUGAUGAAGAUGGAUGUCAAGCCUCUGGAGACGGUCAAGACCAGACCUCACAUACAGAAGCCUCCAGUGAAGGAAAGCCCAUCGGGAGACAGCCUGGAGUUGACGUCCCACAGGAGAACCCUUCUAAGCCCCCCUCAGUGAAGGUGAUAGGGGCCUCGUCGUCUGCCAGCUGGGCACAGCCCUGGAGCCUCGCACUGCUCCUUGCUGCACUUUGCUUGCAGUGGACCCUGUUCUGAUGCCAGUGCCCUCUGUGAAUCCCCCUGUCCCCCCUUUAGGAACCACAUACAUGCACAGAGACACUCAUAUCAUAUACAUAUCACGCAUAGUAUCCCUACUCCUGUCCUCAAAGUACAUGGAUGAUGAUGAAAUGUGGAUAGUGUGGAAGAGAAGAGGACAACGUUGCAGGAGACUGUAGACUGGGGGGCUCCUGCAGGAACAUGUUGUCCUGCAGCAUCACCAAUGUGGGUGUUUGCAAAAGCUAAUCUUAUGCACGCUCAUCUACCAAGAUUAGACCGGCUGCUUCUUCUAGGCUGUUUUGGGGCUAGACGUUUGUGUACACAGACACCAGUACAGCCCCACCACUCACACAGACACACUCCUGGUGGUUCAGAAUGGGACUGCAUUAUUCUGAUUUUACUUAAAAAAACGCUUAUACAUGUUCGAAUAUACAGUGCAAAUGCAGCCGCCUUCUUUUUCCGCUGUUGGUUUUUACUUAUCCUUCCAGGCAAAAAUCCUCAUCACAGCCACUGCACCAUUUGCCAGCCAGGCAGAAGAAUUCAGCUCAUUUGAAAACUCUACUCAUUUUCUUUUCAAGGAUUAAGGAAUGCAUGAUAGAUUGAUAGAUCAAUCCCAGGUGCCUGGCCCAGAACAGCAGAUUUGAUAUACUCUAAUGACUGUGUACCUUGGCGGGGAUUAGAAUGUAAUGAGUUCACAGGUAGAGCACGGGCACACUUGCACGGCUGAACACAUUGUGCAGACAAACUAGGUGUGUAUAGUAUGUAACUGUAUAUAGGUGGAAAAGAUUUGACGGACUGUAUGAGGUUCUGAUUCAACAAAAAGCUCUUAACUGGGGUUUUUUUUUUCCCUCGGCUACAAAUGGACUGUCUGCUCCACACUACAUAUAAAAUAAUGCAAAAAUAAACCUAUAGAGAAUUAAUUUCUGUAAGAAAAAAAGCAGGAAUGCACAUCAUUUUUUCCAACUCAAGCCAUUGACAUAAAUGGAUAAAUUUAAGAUGUCUGAACAAAGCCUGUACAUUGUUGAUUUUACUAAUGUUUAUUGUGCAUCCAGUUUUGUGUGUUUGCUUGUUGAAUUGCACAGUAAUGCAUGUUUACCCUACCAAGUUAUCAAAAUUGUUCCGGUAGGAUCAGGUUCUUCUUUAAGAAGCAUCAAAAACUCAUAUAUUGCCUUUUCCAGUAAAUCUUGCUGAUGGUGCGACGUCAGGUUUUUUCUUCCUCUCUCUAAUGAUGGUUUAAAACUUGAAAACAAGAGGAAGGUCCGGCUGCAGAUCCAACACAUGCAGAUUCUAACUCAUCUGAACCCACACAGAAAGACAUUUAGAAUAUAUUUUACAAAGUUGCGUGCAUCUGUUGUCCAGUAUAGGGGUGGCCAUCUCACAUAUAUUUUGCCAAAUAAGCUCUAAUGUCUCUUCUCACUCUUAAGCAGACCAUUCCUUGGAAUUCCAACAGAAUAACAGCAAAUCCGUCUUUGUUUUAAAUGAUUCCUCAUGGGGAUGGAGAAAAAAAAGGGAAGUUCAACAAAAAAAUGUGUGAAUGCUAUAACGGCUUCUUCUGUAUACACACUUUCUCUCUUGUGUAGCUGAGGAUGGUUCAUAUAGUGGUACCUGUGUGAAUGAGGAUGUAUGUGUGGUCAUUGCUAUGCAGAUACAAUAUUAAACCUGAUAAUGCCUAAAAGCUCUGCAGAUAAAGUAUCUAAGCUAAAUAGGUCUAUACACUUACAUGGAUCUUUGUGCAGUGAAAUAACUCUUCUAUCAACUAGUCUUGUAAACAACUCUUCUUCUCCGUACUAAAACAUAACCCACCGUUGACAGAAGGAUGACCUGCUUAACUCCUUGCAUAUACAUACAAUUCUACAUUAAAGCGUUGCAGUUAAUGCGGAACGGAGAUGACUGCAGGUGUGUAAGGUGUUUGCAGUUUAAAUGUUUCACAUCUUGUGUUCUGUAACCACAUUUUGUUUAGUUCAUAUAAUUUCCUCCAUGUAUGUUUUGUUCAUGACUGUCGUUCAUUGCACCGCAGAUCACAUACAGCCCUUUACCCUCGCAUGUGUAUAAAUGUACAUAUUUUAAGUCA